UCCUGGUUGGGAACUUGGGUAAGCUCUAAAGGAAACUUAUUGCCUUGUGUGGUCUGGUCAUACUAUUUUGUGCAGCAUAUGUUCCCUACAAGGUGGCAGCUCCGUCAAAUUGUUUAAAUUCCUAUUUGACUUAAAUCGCCACUUAACCGUUUAAGAACUGCGCCAAAAUGCGUAAAUUCGAUUGAAGUGAAGAAUAUAAGCCCGUGACCAAAGAAUGAAUACGACACACGAAGGAAAUAACGAUUUUGUGGUCCUCACAGACGUGGUACGCAAGCAAUAUGUGCUAUAUUUGGAGCGACAGCUGCAGGAGAAUGUAUGCGCCUGGGCCAAUCAAUCUCGUAAUCGCCACAAGCCCACUGCCUGGGCCUGUAUUCCCGCGAGCUUGGAGCAACUGGAGGACAAGGCGAAAAAGGCUUGCAUGGCUGCACAGAUCUACCAAAGAGCCAUGGUCAAAACGAUAGCUGCGGUACGGAGGAACACCGAGGAGUGCCGUUUGACCAACAUUCUAUUUGAGCAAAUGCAGCUUGAAGCUGGAGAGGAUGUUGUGCCCAUAAAAACUGACCGCCUACUGGUGGAUAAGGCCACACAAACAACUGACAUACAAGCCCAAAAUGGCCACGAUUCUCCUACGGAGGAGUGUGAUGAUGGUAGCUAUGAGCUGCGUAGAAAAAUCGAUAUGUUUCAGGCUAGUCUGGAACGGUCGCAAGUUCAGCAAGAAACUCCAUGUCCACGCUGUCGUAGUAAGAUCAUAACUCCUGAGCACAAGCCCCUUGCCAAGCAAAGAUCACCCUACUCCGAAACCGAAGACGCUGUGGCCCAGGAGCUGGCUAUGCUGUUUGGCGACGAGCCCACUGAUCUUAAUCAUAUAUUCGGCAUUGAACCAACUGCUGUUACUGACGAUCCGCAGAUCUCGGCCAUACUAAUGGAAAUAGAGAACGCUGAACUGCCUGAAAAAAUUGAAGACCCGCCCACAUCUCCAACUGCCACACCUCCAACUGGGCAUCACAGCGAAGUGGAUCUUCGCCAGAGUCGCUGGCCUUGCGAACUCUACGCACAGAGAAGGCGGCUCAAUGCCUGUUUGGUUCGCUUACUGGAAGCGGAUUGGCGCUGCGAAGACCGCUUGAGAUAUAAGUUUCACCUGUUUUUUGGAGAAGACAGCGAUGAUGAGUUCGUCAACCAGUUAUCCAGCCCGUCAAUUGAUCUAGUGGACGAAAUACUGCUGGCAAGCUGCGUGCUUCGUAUACGCCCAUGGAUUGUACGACAUUUGAUGUCUCCUCUGGCGGAGGGCCUUAUCGCCAAUCGAUUUCUGUUCAAGAAGCUAGCCAAGAUGCUGGCGCACUCCAUUGUCAUGGUCAAUCCAUAUUGCACGGAGCAGGAGAUCAAAAAGGCCGUGGAGCACUUGUUCUGUCUUAGACCUAGAGGAGUCCAAAGCGCGUAUGAUCUGGACAAUCUGCCACCCUUGGACGUCUCAAAAUUUGAAGUUUAAGGACAGCCUAUGGAUAUGUAGUUGCAAAAAACUAUGACCCUCAGGAUAAUAAUUGUGUUUACAAAUGAUUCUAAGCAAUGAGAAAGGGG